GAAGCUUCACCCCUAUAAAUGUCAAUCUCCAUCUUCCCUGCUACGCGUAGUAGUUGAGAAGAGAGAAAAAUAGGGAGAGAAAAAAAUGGUGAAAAAGAAAGAAGAAAAAGAUGCCAAUAAAACAAGCAAAAAAUGAUUGCAAAAAGAAGAAACUUUCUUUAGUUCAUUCUUUUUAAUCUAAUGAUGUUGUGUUAGCCAUUCCUCAUAUUUCUCUUCUAUUUCCCCUCUUCUUUUGCCAUCUCUAUUUUCUCUCUCCCCAUUUCACAUUUACCCUUUUUUUUUUUUCCUUCUUUUUUUUCUCUUUUUCAAAAUUCCAUAAUCAGCUGACACCUUUUAUUUCUCUCUCUAUCUCAAAAAAAAAAAUCUUGAAAAAUAAGUGGAUCUUGCUGCUAUCCAUUUCUUUUCUCACCGACCCCUUAUCAGGGUUUCAAAAAAAAAAACUUUUUUUUUCUUCAAAAGUUGGACAUUUUCGGAUUCACAUUUUAGCUUCUAGGUUCUGGGAUUUUAGGUGAUGAAUUUGAAGGUUCAUAUUUGCAUGAUCCAUAUUUAGGGUUUGGAUUUUCAUUUGAAGGUUUUUUUUGGGUAAUAUUGAGGUGGUUUAAGGGACUGGGUGUUCAAUUAGAUUGAAUACUAUUUACUGCUUUGAAGGUGCUCCACUUACUCCAAAGAGUCCUUGUGGCAACUUCAUCAGCUUUCUUCAUUCAGGAUAUGAGUAUGACAAGUGAAAGCGAUGACAGGAUGACAUCAAAUGUUGGUGUGGAUUCGCCAUCUGUCGAAGAAGCCUGUGGUGGAGGAAAUACCGGAGGAGGUCUACCACUAAAAAAAGGCCCCUGGACUUCUGCAGAAGAUGCAAUUUUAGUGGAUUACGUCACGAAACACGGUGAGGGGAACUGGAAUGCCGUCCAGAAGCACUCAGGACUUGCUCGAUGUGGUAAAAGUUGUCGUUUGCGGUGGGCCAAUCACCUGAGACCAGAUUUAAAGAAAGGUGCUUUCACUCCCGAGGAAGAGCGCCGCAUAAUUGAACUGCAUGCUAAGAUGGGAAACAAAUGGGCACGAAUGGCUGCUGAUUUGCCUGGGCGCACAGAUAAUGAGAUAAAGAACUACUGGAAUACCAGAAUAAAGAGACGACAGCGUGCAGGCUUGCCAGUUUACCCUCCAGAUAUUUGUUUUCAGGCGAUUAGUGAAAACAAGCAAAACGAGGAGUUGGGUGCAUUCUCCUCUACGGAUGCACAAUAUCCUGAUUUCUUACCAAUGAACAAUUAUGAGAUUCCAGCAGUGGAGUUCAAAAAUUUGGAAUUCAAUCAGCAGUUGUGUCCACCACCACUUCUUGAUAUUCCCUCCGGUAGCUUACUUGAUAUUCCUGCGAGAAGCCUGUUGGCACAGGGUCUUAAUUCUGCCUAUUACAGUCGGUCAUUCUUCUCAACGGUGCAUCCAACCAAGCGUAUGCGAGGCUCCGAGUCUGAGUUCUCUGGUUUAAAUGAUGAUUCUUCUCCAUUAAAAAAUGAUGAUUCUUUCCCAAGCUACCAUCAAUAUCAGAAUGAUGGUUUUUUGCUUGCUCAGUCCUUGGGGUUUUCAUCUUCAUAUUAUCGAAAUCUAACAUCUGAUCAUCACCCGACAUCCUUGGGUGUAAUUCCUGGCAGCCAUGCCCAUUUAAAUGGCAACUCCUCUUCUUCA